CCAAGCUUAUCCAGCAUGUUGAUAAUGUCAUAUUAUUUUCGUGUUUAAUUAGCGUGUCUGUCUUCGAAAACUGGUCUGGAUUUUGACUGAAGGGACUAAUGAAGGAAUUUUUUCUUAUAAAUCUAUCUUUUAGCUGUUUUUCUCUGUUCCGAAUAUGCCGCAGCCAAGCGUACACGACAGUGGCGUGAAUGGAUAGAGAAUUCUGAGUUACGGUCAGAUUGGAAAGGGAAUUGUUAUACCAUAACGCACUGCACCAUGCCUACGACGAGAUCGCAGACAGCUCUGGCGACAGUUCCUUCGCAUUCUGCGAUGGAGCGAUUUGAUCCAGACAACACAGACUGGGGUGCAUGGAAGCAGCGCUUUGACAACUUCGUCGUCCUGUUGGAUGUACAGGAUGAUAAGAAAGUCAACUUACUGGUGGAAAGUUUGGAGCGCAAAGCCUUCGAGUCCCUGUACCAAGUAUGCUAUCCGCAGAAGAUUAAAGAGUUCACAGUGGAGCAGUUGAUAUACAAGCUGGAUCGCUUGUACGUCAAGCAGACAUCAAAACAUUACGAAAGGUCACAAUUCUUCCGUCUCACCCAGCAACAAGGAGAAAGCCUUGUUGAAUACAGCAACCGCCUCCGGGCGAAGUCAAUCAACUGUGAGUUUACUGGAACGAUAUUGGACGAGAUGCUGCUAGCUGCUUUCCUGGGCGGAAUCCAACGGGAGAAGACGCGACAGCACCUGUACAGCAGGGAGCCAACCAGCAUAGAGGGAGCGCUGGCCGAUGCGCAAAAGUUUGAAAGCAGAAUGGAGGAGAAGGACGAAAGGGUGAUGGCCGUAAGGGGCAAAGGACCGAAAGGGGUAACGUGCACAGGAUGCGGACGACGCCACCUCGUAAAAGAUUGUUGGUACAAAAAUAUGACGUGUAAUAAGUGUGGCGUAAAGGGCCACUUACAAAGAAUGUGUGGUGGAAAAUCCAAUUAUGUUUAUGAAGAACCGGAAAAUGUUAACGAGAUAGUCAAGUACACCGAUAUUUUUGAUUAACGAGCUGUUUUCCUUUUUUUUUGAGAAAGGAAGGUGUAGUGUAUGCCAUAGCAACACUCAUGAUGUUGUCCUCUGUAAUAUUAAUUGCUCAGUUGAA